AUGUCAACGCUUAAUGAGAACAGCAUCAGCCCAGUUGCAACUGCAGCAGCAGCAGCGGCGGCGGCAACGGCGACGACUGUUGCCAGCAGUAAGAGUCCCGCCACAACGACCACAAUGCUAACCACAAAAACGCCAUUUUCGAUUGAGCAUAUAUUAUUUCAAAAUUUAAAUAGUGCCAGCAACAACCACACCACCAACAACAGCAACCACAGCAAUCAUAGCAACAACAACAGCAGCAGCAGCCACAAUCAAAAGUGCAACAAAUAUACAGUGAAAAGUGCCAGAUGCAAUUCUAGUGCCAGCUCCAUAUCCAUAUCAAAUACCUUAUCCAGUGCCGGUGCCAGUGCCAAUGCAUAUGACAAUAACCGAUAUACAACAAAUCCAACGACAGCGACGGCAUCGACACGCCCAACAAACAGCCCAACGAACCACUCGGCGUCGGGUUAUCCCAGCGAGGAUUACGUCAAGUCCAUGCACAGUCAACGUGCACAUCAUCAGCAACGGGCUGCUGCAGCCCACUAUGCCCACUCGAGUUCUGGGCCAACUGCCGAGCAAAUGACAUCUGCGGCUGCAACAGCACCACCUGCUCCACCGGCGCCACCACCGCCGGUUGCGUCAAGUGGUCCGAGUGGUGUGCUUUAUCCAAAUGCUGGCUAUGGCGAUCAUGGGUUCUUGCAGAUGACACUGGGCUAUCUGUCGCCAUCGUCGGGCACGUACAAGUCAGUGGAUCCCUACUUUUUGUCCCAAGCCAGCCUUUUUGGAGGAGCGCCCUUCUUCGGGGCGCCCGGCUGUGUGCCGGAACUGGCCCUCGGCCUGGGCAUGGGCGUGAAUGCAUUGCGGCAUUGCCGGCGGCGCAAGGCGCGCACCGUGUUCAGUGACCCGCAGCUGUCGGGUCUGGAGAAGCGUUUCGAGGCGCAGCGAUAUCUGUCGACGCCGGAGCGCGUCGAGCUGGCGACGGCGCUGGGUCUGAGCGAGACGCAGGUCAAGACGUGGUUCCAGAAUCGUCGCAUGAAGCAUAAGAAGCAGCUGCGACGACGCGACACGACCAAUGAACCCGUUGACUUCUCACGCACCGAGCCGGGCAGCAAGCAGCAAGGCGAUGCCAUCACCAGCCUAGCAGCGGCCUCCACAGAUUCCAAGUCCAAACUGUCAUCGGGCUUGGAUCAACCGGCCACUAGUCAGCAGCAGCAGCUGCAAAUGUGCUUCCUGCAGCAUGGCUACUCCACGGAUGACUAUUCCGAUCUGGAGGCGGACAGCGAAGAUGAUGAUAAUUCCAGCGAUGUGGACAUUGUGGGAGACUCGAAGCUAUAUCAGCUAACAUAGGCCGUAAGUGGGUGAACAUUGUCAAUAAAUAGACCAAUUAUAACAGUUAGUGUGCAAAAAAUACCAAACAAUAUAAAA